AUGUCAAACAAACAAUUUACAAUUAAAGCAGUAUAUUCAUUCCAGGAAAAACAAAUGAAUUUGUUUGAAUAUGAUUUGUUAGCAGAAUCAGAGGAGUUUCCAGAAGAUAAUACACUUUCAAAGCUUGAAACAAAUAUUAUGAAAAUGCAGGAAGACUGUAAUAAGUUUCUUACUGAAAAAAUAAACCAAUAUUUAAAAGUAACGACAAAAAAUGGAUAA